AGCGCGCCGCACGUCUCCGCUCACUCUUAUUCUUUGCCCAGAAGUGGGUUAGGUCCGAGCAAGUCUAUCAGUGGUUUGGGGGGUGGGCACCCAGAAAUCGGCGAGGGGCUUGCUAUCUACUACGUGUUACCGCCUUGGGAAGCAUCGGAGGGCGGCUCUACCGUCCACAGACUCGCAGCAAAAUGCAAGGUCCAGCAAACUAUCAGCCAAUACCAGGUGGAUAUGUGGUCCCAUCAGCCCCUCCUUCAUAUGAAGAGGCAACAUAUGGUCAUCAGCCGUAUCCACCACAACCAUAUCCACCACAACCACCACCUCCUCAACCAUAUCCAACACAACCAUAUCCAACACAACCACCACCUCCUCAACCAGGGAUGGAUGCCAAGCAUAUGAACAGUGCUCCAUAUAUUGUUCAGCCAGUGCCAAUGCAACCCCCACCUGUUGCAGUUCAAACCGUGUAUGUUCAGCAGCCAAUUGUGUUUCAUGAUCGUCCCGUUCAGAUGUGUUGCACAUAUUGUACACGGAUGAUGACCACCCGGCUAAGUUAUACCUCAGGAGCUCUGGCAUGGCUAUCUUGUGGUGGUUUGUGCCUGUUGGGGUGUGGAGCUGGUUGCUGCCUCAUUCCAUUUUGCAUUGAUUCGUUGAAAGAUGUGGAUCAUUAUUGCUCCAGCUGCAAUGCCCUUGUUGGUUCAUACAAAAGGAUUUAGGAACUAUUUAAGCUCAAUGGGAUACAUAAUCAUUUCAUCUCUUGAUUAAUAUUUCAAAGCAAAGACUAUGCAAUCUAUGUUUGGGAAAUUGUGAUAAAUAUUAUACUUUGAAGGCUAGGUAUUCAAGAUCAUGGCCAGGGUUAAACAUUACAUUUUUAUGAUACAUUCCAAGAAUCAGGCAAUUUAUCCUCUAGCCAUAGCCACAAAAAAAACAUUUUCAUGUUGUCUUUUUUUUUUUUGCUGGAGGUCAUAUUAUACUGUUGGCAUGUUUAGUGAAUCUUUCUUUGUUACAAGAAGAUAAAUGUUUUAUAUUGGUCAUAUAUCUAAUUUGAAAUAUUUUGGUGUUUUUGUUUGCUUUAUUAUCAACCAAUUAUUCCAUGAUUUCUCCACAUUAAGUGUCUGUGAAAAUCACUGAAUUGUUGUGCUGGAAAAAAGGGUUUUGUUGUGCUUGACUAUAUACCCUAAUCGAAUAGCCGAUAAAUGUUGUUGAUACAUUGUUAGCUUUGUACUUCUGGCCUCUCCAUCCAUGCAUCAUGUUUCUUGUUUUGUUUUGUACGAUUUCCCUUUUUGUUUUUGUGUUUUUAAAUUGUCAAAGUGCAUUGUAAAUACAAAAUAUCAUAAAAUAUAUUUCUAGUUAACUAUAGCACAUAUUCUGAAGUUGUUUCUAGUUUUUGUCUCCCUUUAGAAUCAGAAAUAGCAGAUUUAGCAUAUAUCAAUGAUUCACAUAAAUUACAGCUUUCUAUUGAUAUUCACAUCAUUUUUGUAAAUAUGAGUUAUAUUUGCACUAAUUGU